AUAUACAAAAACAAAUGUUUUUUUCCAAUAGGAAAUUAUCGACAAAACAAAACGAAAUAAUAUGAUAUACAUGUACUGAUAACAAGUUUCGUCAUAUUAAUUUUUUCUUCUACAUACGAUCAAAUGCUCAAUCCAUCAUUGAUCGAUCAGGAUGACGGUAAAUUCAAAUAAACAAUCCGCGAGCCAUGAACAUCGUCACAAACCGAAACAAAUAUCAACGAUAAAGAAUUUUUUUGCCGGUGGUUUCGGUGGCAUUUGUUUGGUUGCAGCUGGACAUCCAUUAGAUACGGUCAAAGUUCGCAUGCAGACCAUGUCAAUCGCUUCAGCCACACAGCUUGAAUCAGUUCCAUCAUUGGCAAGAACACAUUAUUCGGGAACCUGGGAUUGUGUGAAAAAAAUUUUCAUCGAUGAAGGCAUACGAGGAUUUUACAAAGGAAUGGCCACACCAUUGAUUGGUGUAACUCCGUUGUAUUCAGUCUGUUUUUUCGGUUAUAGUUUGGGAAAAAAAUUACAAAGACCUGCCGAUGGUUAUCAUCAUUCGGCUAUACAGAUAUUUUACGCCGGUAUGCUGUCUUCAGUGUUUACGAAUUUCAUUACAACACCUGGAGAACGAAUUAAAUGCCUAUUACAGAUUCAACAAGCAAAUAGCAAUAAACCUGUAUUCAAUGGUCCAAUUGAUUGUGCAUUUAAACUAUAUCGAGAUGGUGGCCUUCGAUCGCUUUAUCGUGGCACAAUUGCUACACUAUGUCGGGAUGUCCCGGCUGGUGGUGCGUAUUUCGUCACAUACGAGCUACUUCAAAGACAUCUUCAACAUCACUCACCAUCGACGACGGAUGAUCGUCGACAUUCCAGUCAACCACAAGAACACGAACUUGGCGUAUGGAGAACAUUGUUCGCCGGUGGUAUGUCCGGUAUAGUUUUCUGGUCUUUUGCCCUGCCAGCUGAUGUGAUUAAAUCACGAUUACAAACGGCACCCGUGAAUCAAUAUCCGAACGGAAUGCGUGACGUUGUCCGUCAGAUUGUUAGCCAAGAAGGCAUCGGUGGAUUCUAUCGUGGAGCAAUGGCCGUUUUUCUUCGUGCAUUUCCAGCCAAUGCAGCCUGUUUUUUUGGCUACGAAGUAGCCAUGAAAGUGAUCGAUUGGAUAGCACCUGAUCUUUGAAACUUUGUUCAUUGUUUUUUUUGUUUGUUUGUUUGUUUCAUUUCACUAUUCAUCACCAUUUGUAUUCUUUAUUAUUAUAU